UCAGAGUUGCUCGCAUUUUGCUAUAUCUGGCAACCCGUUGGUCUGUUUUGAUCAGCUAGUUAGCCUUCAAGGCGGCUUUUGACCAUAAGGCUCAAUUUAACAUUUACUUAAAUUUUUAUUUCAAUCUAUUGUGUCGCUCGAGAUGGUUGUACUUAACAGUAACAAUGAAGAACACGAUAUAAUCCUGAUUGAAGAGCGCUGCUCCUCACUGCCCAGCUCUCCUGCCAAACGUGUGUCUCCAGGCAAAAGGAAGCAGUUCUUUAUAAGCCAAGCCAUACGGAACUCUGACCUUACGCCCAAAGCCAAGGGGAAAAAAAGUUUGAGAAGACAGGAGAACACUCGCUACCUGCAUAAUCUCCUGGAGCGGGACGAGUGUUCCAAAGAUGAGACGGAAGCACACGAGACGGCCUCGCCGUCCAUUUUCACUGAAGCGUGCACCAAUGGGAAUUACGUGGAGUACUGGAGUGACUUCAUGAACCGCACAGGAGAAGAACAGGAGAAAAUGUUGGCCCUGCUGGAUGAAGAGACAAAACAGAAUAACUCUAGCAAGGCCCCAAAAGACCAGAGAGAGUUGAACCUGGCCUUCAGCGCUCAGGAAUGCUUCAAAAGAAUUGAUCGGAAGUUGCGUGCAACAUUGAAACGCAAACACGUUCCAAAGACGACGUUGGAGAUUCUGGAGAGUGACCUGCUGUCCUUUUUUGAAGCUCACCCACAAUCUAUAUAUGUCGCCGAACUUAGCAACAGUUUUGAGAGACUGUUGCUUCAUGCUAUUUGCCAAUACAUGGACCUUGCCUCAGCCAGCACUGACUGUAACGGAUCACGACAGACAAAGGUCGUGAACAAGCAAGAGGAGUUCCUCCCUCCUUCACCAUUGCUCUCGGCUUAUCUGGAGCAGAGGAGCUGAGAGGACGAAACCAUCCCCUCACUGCCACCUAAACCGGCCAGUACGACUCGUACAAGCAGCUUUAAAUAAACCGUCCGGUGUGUUUUAGAGUGCCACCAUGUUCUUUAAUAGACUCAGGCACUAGUUUACUUGAACUUUAAAUACUAGAACUUGAAAGCACAUCAAUACAGUCUAAAUUCAGAACGUUGUCCUGGACGACGUACCGUUUUGUCCAAAGGGCUUUUAUAUAGGUGCUACCAGUAAAUUCGAACGAUAGACACUUACUACAAAAGAACACAUGACGAAAUGAAUUGGUUCCGAUUUUCCUGAUGCUUUUUUAAAGGCACUAUUUGGUAGCAAUGUUUUGUACAUUCUGGCUAGGAAAUCCUGUGUAAAUCUUGCAUGAUUAGAAAAAAAAAGAGUGUUAGUUAAUGCCUCGCCGAUAGCAUAUUUAAGUAUCUCUUUCUGCAACAGUGACACAUAGACCGAUAGACUUUAGCGUAAGCAAACUUUACCGUAGCGUUUCUCCUAGCUUACGCUUUUUCAGGUGGAGGGAAUUGUUCAAGCUAACCGUGAUGUAAUUCAUUUAGAGAGUUUUAACUUUUCGGGACGUAACGGCGUGAGCGGCCGAGGCUUUAAAUGUAGACGUCGUAGAGAAUCCAUUCGGAGUCGGUGAAAUGUCGGACAAAAAAAAAGAAUGUUGUAAUGACGUGUACUGUAGUACUUGCAGUUUUAUUUCCUUACUCACUGUCCAUACAAAGCAAACUGAUGAAUAACUGCCAUGUAUAAUGCUUUAAUAACCCCAUCUUAAUCUUAGAUGUACGCUCACAUUCACGUUAGAAACCUCCGUAACCCGAACCUUUGCCGUAUGUACCUUUUUUUUUUUUACAUUAUUCUUUGAUUGUAGUUAUUAUAAUCAUUUAAGAAUCCUGCAUGACUUCACACAACAGUUUACAGAAAUGAUUUUAAAAAAAAAACAAUCGAAUGUAGGUUCCUCACUUGGUAUGGAUCAUACAGACACCAGUGAAGUUCUAGUUAAAGGUAAGGAAGCCUCCAAGGCAUGUGACGUCGUGAAAUUGUCAAAAGCCAAACCAACUUGCACUUAUGACUAUGCCUUACACUUUGCCAGUUUUUCAAUGUUUUUUUUUUUUCAUCAUUAUACUUUCAUAGAGCGAACGUGGUUGUGGUUUACAUUGUGAAUACAAAGAAUCUGGAGGGGGGAUCAGUGUUGCAAACCAAAUUGUACUUGUGUAUGGAUGCUUGUUUUUCUCAGGCACCCGAACCUCACGUAUGUGGAUUUCUGUACACAUUUGAACAUCAUUAAUACGAAGCCAACUUUUCCAUAUGUGUCUUUAGAUGUACAUGCUAGGCUUAGGGGCCUUUUGUAGAAUAUCUACACUUGUUCAUUUUUUUAUUUUUUUUUAUUCUAUACAAAUCUAAUAUAUUGUAUAAAUGCGAGGUCUAAAAGUCUGAGACCGUAUUGAAAACCAGGAUUCAUUUUUUUUCUUCCUCUAUUUAAAUUAGGAAAUAAUCAGGAGGAUCCGAAGGAUUCAGAAUUGUGAAAUAUUUGAAAACAAAGAAAGGAAUCACUCAAUAUCUUGAAUAUUUAAUAGUCAAGAUUCUGCACGAUUUCUAGGUCGCUAUUUGAACGGAACAAGUUUGCGAUAUCGAUCGUCGCUUCGUACAAAAGGUCAGAUUUUUUUUUAACCCCACUAUAGAAGCACGCGUUCGGACGACAUUCCAGUCCGUUUGAUCUUAAAUGGAUCGCAAGGAUUUAAGACGACUUGCGGAGUCCACAUUCGCUUCAUUGUACCGUACGAUCAAAGUAAAAAAUAGAACAAACCGAAUACUAAGAUAUUAAUGUAAAUAUUUUCGAGAUUCUACUUUUCACUCAAGCUGAUGUUAGUAAUAUAAUUUCUCUCAGACAUUUGGACACCACUGUAUGUUGAUGUAGUUAGCACAUUCACUAUAAACCAUAGGAUGCUCAAGCGUGCUUCUUUAGUCGUGCGACAAGUAAGCGAAUGUCAAAAGUGUCAAAAACUAUUUCCUAUUUAUACGACCAUUGUGUGAUGGGUGCAAGCCAUGAAUGACUGUCUGUACCUACAUUUGAAUAAAAUCUCAGUCAAAACA